CAGUGUAGAUUGAUAGUGGGCAGAGGCACGACUUGUAGAAUCAAUCUCGAGAAGAACAUUUUCCAUUCUUCCCCGAGUGAGAAGUCUGUCUGUUGCCGCUAAACUUUUUCUCGUUUUACAGGAUCCGUUUACUUGUUUUUAUUUUAAUUUAAAAAGAAGCGUCGAGCAGCCGAAAGCCAGCCGAGAUGCUUUGCCCGUGGAGUUUUCUCAUGAAACCCAAGUAUAGGGGAAAGUACGAGCCGAGGGAGACCAAAACGGCGGAUGUUAACAACAACGAAGAUACAAGUAUCGGCAAUGGAUUCAUCCUACCUUCUAAGGCCAAGUGUACCCAGGAGCCGCAACAUAUCAAAGAGGUCAAAGAGGUCGCCCGCUGUCCUUUCGCCCCCAAGUUUGUGAAGCUGUCUAACGUGGAGGACGGGGCGAUUCUACAGGACACUCUGCAUCACAAGGCGGUGAAGAACAUGUCGUGCCAGUCGACAGCUUGCCGGGGCUCCCUCAUGACCCCUAACGCCAUGACCAAAGGACCUCGGGAUAAGGCCAUUCCACCCAUGGAAAUCCUGCCGCAAGCCUUGGACUUCAUCAAUCAAUACUACCAAUCGUUCAAAAGCCCCAAAACAGAAGAGCACCUCGCUCGCUUGGAGCAGGUGACAAAGAGCAUCACCGACACUGGCUCGUACGACCUGACCCUGGAGGAGCUGACAUUCUCGGCCAAGCAAGCUUGGCGCAACGCCCCGCGCUGCAUCGGCCGCAUCCAGUGGUCCAAUCUCCAGCUAUUUGAUGCCCGGAAAUGCACCACGACCAAGGAGAUGUUCGAACACAUCUGUACACACCUCAAAUACGCGUCCAACGAUGGCAACCUAAGAUCCACCAUCACCGUCUUCCCUCAGAGGAGCGAUGGAAAGCACGACUUCAGGGUGUGGAACAGCCAGCUCCUCAAAUACGCAGGAUAUCAGCUGCCUGACGGCUCCAUCAUCGGCGACCCAGCCGGCGUGGCAUUCACGCAGUUGUGUAUAAACAUGGGCUGGACACCUCGAUAUGGCCGCUUCGAUGUGCUUCCGUUAGUUCUUCAAGCCAAUGGCCAAGAUCCAGACAUGUUUGAAAUUCCACCAGAACUGACCCUUGAAGUGGCGAUCGAGCAUCCAACGUACGAGUGGUUUAAGGACAUGGGACUUCGGUGGUACGCACUGCCUGCUGUGGCCAACAUGCUGCUGGAGGUUGGAGGUCUGGAGUUUCCUGGAUGCCCGUUCAAUGGCUGGUACAUGAGCUCCGAGAUCGGUGUCCGAGACUUCUGCGAUGUUCAGCGCUACAACGUGUUGGAGGAAGUGGGAAAGAAAAUGGGCUUGGAGACAAACAAGCUGUCAUCCCUGUGGAAAGAUAAGGCCUUGGUGGAGAUUAACAUUGCUGUGAUCCACAGUUUCCAGAAACAGAACGUCACCAUCAUGGACCACCACACGGCCUCCCAAUCCUUCAUGAAGCACCUGGAGAACGAGUUCAGGCUGAGGGGCGGUUGCCCUGGCGACUGGGUCUGGCUGGUGCCUCCAAUCUCCGGGAGCAUCACAAAAGUCUUCCACCAGGAAAUCCUCAACUACAUCCUCAGCCCCUUCUACUAUUAUCAGACUGAGGCUUGGAAAACACACAACUGGCAAGAUGAAAGACUGAGACCAAAGAAGAAUGAGAUCAAAUUCAAACAAUUAUCAAUGGCCGCUCUCUUCACUUCCAUUCUGAUGCGAAAGAUCAUGGCCAAGAGGACGAAAGCAACCAUUCUCUACGCCACAGAAACGGGGAAAUCUGAGACCUUUGCCAAAAGGUUGUGCACAUUGUUCAACGGUGCAUUCAACGCCAAGGUUGUUUGUAUGGAUGACUAUGACAUGAAUAAUCUGGCCAAGGAGUCUCUAGUCUUGGUGGUAGCAAGUACCUUUGGCAAUGGAGAUUCACCUGGAAAUGGAGAGGUGUUUAAGAAAUCCUUGUUUAACAAGAAGCUGCUGAUGGCAUUCAAAUUCAGGUAUGGCAUCUUUGGCCUGGGGUCCCGCCAGUAUCCCCAGUUCUGUGCGUUUGCUCACACCCUCGACAAGAAGCUGGAACAACUCGGGGCCAUUCGCAUGUCAGCAACAGGUGAAGGAGAUGAGUUCGGCGGGCAGGAGGAAUCAUUUGUGGACUGGGCCAUCGCCACUUUCAAGACAGCCUGCAAAGUCUUCCACGUGCGUGGUAAUGUGGAGCUCGGACAGUUCAAGACCAGCAAAAGUAGCGUGUGGGAUCCCAGCAGGUAUCGAUUCGUAAUGGAGACCCGGGCGUUGGAUCUGUGCUCAGUUCUCUCCAAGAUGCAAGGAAAGAAAAUUCUGCCAAUGAAGUUAAAAUCAAAGAAGAACCUUCAGAGCUUAAAAUCCAGUCGUUCCACCAUCCUAAUGGAGCUGAGCUGCCAAGAACCCAACAACCUCCACUAUCAGCCUGGGGAGCACGUCGGACUUUUCCCUCGCAACCAAGAAGCCCUCGUCACCAACCUGAUGAAGAGUUUGAAGGAGAAACCAACUCCACAUCAGUGUGUCCAGGUGGAGGUCAACAAUGGCACCACCGCCAAGGACUGGAAAGCUGAUGAAAGGCUCCCACCAUGUACUCUCGAAGAGGCCUUCACCUACUUCUUGGACAUCACCACCCCACCUUCUCAGCAUCUCCUGAAGAAAUUUGCCCAGCUUGCCACGGAGGAGUCAGAAAAGAAUCGACUCCUGGAACUGAGCCAGAAUUCCCAGGAGUAUGAGACGUGGAGGUCCUUCCACAGCCCUACCACCCUGGAGGUGCUGGAGGAAUUCCCGUCCAUCCACUGCCCGGCCAUGUUCCUCUUCACCCAGCUCAUGGCCCUCAAGCCCCGAUAUUAUUCCAUCAGUUCCUCACUGGACAUGAACCCGGGGGAGGUCCACCUGACUGUUGCCGUUGUGAACUACAAGACAAAAGAUGGACAAGGCCCCAUGCAUCAUGGUGUUUGUAGCACCUGGCUGGACACGCUAGAAAAAGAUGAAAUCGUUCCGUGUUACGUGCGCAGCACGGCAGGAUUCCAACUACCAAAGAACCAAACCAAACCCUGCAUUCUGGUCGGCCCCGGGACGGGUAUUGCACCGUUCAGAAGCUUUUGGCAACAACGGCAGCAUGACCAGGAAAAACAAGGCAUCAAAGGCGGGCCGAUGACCUUGGUGUUUGGCUGCCGGGAUUCACAGUUGGAUCACAUUUAUAAAGAAGAAACGCUUAAACUGAAGAACCAAGGAGUCCUCAAGGGGGUUUACACAGCUUAUUCCAGGGAGCCAGGCAUGAAAAAGACUUACGUGCAAGAUAUCCUGAGGGGUAGCCUGGCAUCUGAGGUCUACAGCGUCCUGCACAAAGAGAAGGGGCAUAUCUACAUCUGCGGCGAGAUCAAGAUGGCACAGGACGUCACCGACACUCUGAAGGCCAUCGUCGCCAAGCAGGGGAACAUGAGCAUCGAAGAUGCUGAGGAAUUCCUCACAGAGUUGAAGAACCAGAAGCGCUAUCACGAAGAUAUUUUCGGGGCAACGUUUCAGAAAUGACGGCACCAUUGUUACACCUGGCACCGAGGGAGAGACUGCCUCAAUCGCUAAGGAUGAAGGAAAAGGCUUGAUGACAAGGCUUCACUGUACUGCUAUUUUGCCAUCCAAAUUUCUGCUUGCUGCCCGAUGGACCAAAAUGGACCUAACCUGUAUUAUAACAUAUACGAUUCAAUCUCACACACGCAAUCACAAACACAAAUGGAAAACGAGAGGAAUUCAAAACAGCACUUUGCAUUUACGAAUGAACCCUGCAGCAAUUGCCUUCCCUUCUGUUCAAUUAAUAGUGUUUAGGAUCAGUUUUUGGAAAAUUAGAUUUGCAAAUAGGACAACCGUCGCAUGGAAGAGCUGAUGAAGGUCCUAAUUUAUUAUGCACUUUAUAAGAGUUAGUAUGUGGUGUUCACUGGAUAGUUAAAAUUAAAGUGGCAGCGGGCUGCUAUGUGUAAUAAUUAGUGUGUAAUAAUAAAUUAUAAUAAAGCACUUUGAAUUGUA